CCAAUUCCAAGAAAAAAAAAAAAAAAAAAAGGACAUACCAUACAGAGCAAAAGUCUUGUAGAGAGGAUAUGGGGGUGAUAAAGGCAGCAAUUGGAGAUGCAAUUUUGACAUCAAUAUGGGUUUUCUGUAUAUCAACGUUGAGAAUUUCCAAUGCUAAGGUAGCUGUUUUUUUUGGUCUUGAACCUGUCUCACUAGCUGGUCUAUUCAUCACAACAAUUCUAGCCACCUUUAUAGUCUUCAUCAUAAGCUUGAUUGGAAGGGCCUUGGGUGGUGCUAGCUUCAACCCUUCAACCACUGUUACCUUCUACACAGUAGGGUUAAGGCCUGAUUCAUCACUUGCAUCCAUGGCUAUUCGUUUUCCUGCACAGGCAGCAGGUGGAGUUGUUGGUGCAAAGUCCAUCAUGCAUGUCAUGCCAACCCAAUACAAACACAUGUUGAAGGGUCCUUCUUUGAAGGUUGACUUGCAUACAGGAGCUAUAGCUGAGGGUGCGUUGACUUUUGCUCUUAACUUAGCUAUCCUAUUUGUCAUGCUCAAGGGUCCUAAAAACCCUUUGUUGAAGGUGUAUUUGCUUGCUGUGGCAACCGUGGCUUUGGUUAUUCCUGGUUCUGGUUGCACAGGACCUUCUAUGAACCCGGCCAAUGCCUUUGGAUGGGCCUAUAUGAACAACAAUCACAACACUUGGCAGCAGUUUUAUGUUUAUUGGAUAUGCCCUUUUGUAGGUGCAAUCUUAGCUGGUUGGGUCUACAGGUUUCUAUUUAUUUCGCCUGUCAAGGAGAAGAAAGCUUGAGAGCGGCUCAAUUUAGUUAAGCUUUUGAAUGUUAGUCAUUGUUAUAAAUUAUUGCCUUUCCUUCUUCUUCUGAUUAAUUUUGAAGCUAUUUGUGGUAAGGGCUUGGUUUGUAAGGGUGAAAAUGGAUGGAGUGGAAGGGGGGAAAUGAAACUAAUUAUGUGUCUAGACUUGGUGUAUUUUGAUGCAUUAGAUAAUUUCAUGUAUGGAUAAUAAUUCAAAGUGUGAUGAGAGUUAUUUCUUGCUCAGGAAAGACACCAUAAUGCAUUUAAGAAGAGAAGAGUCAUUUUUAAGUUAGUUUAUGAUCACAAAAUUAGAAUUGGGUUUCUGUUUGAAAGUUUAGAGAGACUAUUUGUGUCCAUACCAUUUGGGUUAAAGUGAAGACAAGGCAGUUGCAAGCAAUUGCAAACUGAGGAUAGUUUUGUGAAGAGCUAAGAUCUGCUGGAUAUUUGUGCAAUUAUGAAUGUUCUAAAAUAUAAAAAAAUCCUUGCAUGAGGUAGCUUCAUGUGAAUUACAUUAGUAGUUCUGAAAUAAGUGACUGAUUGUCUGGUAGGAUUGAAAUGCCAAUGUUUGUGUCUUUGAGGAUAAAUGAAAAAUGUAAAGAACAUUCAUUGUUAUAUGAGUGAGAAAGAGAAAAAGAAACCAAUAAACAUUAAAUCACAGAAAGUUAAAACGAAUUGAGAGAAGAAAAACCAUCAUAUUUGAAGUGAACAAGUCAGAAAUCACAUAACUCAUAAUAUUAUUAAUACUCAAGCAAGAAUUUCAGAGUUCAGCAAACUUUCUCAUAAUACCUAAAUAACCUCUCAAAUUACAAGCACAUAAACUUCAAUUUAUUACAUUCUGCUGCAAAGAGCAACAGAAAGGUAAAACUCAUCAGUACUACUACAGGGAUGGAAUGUAAAAAGAAACUUAGCUAUGAUCA